CAGAAUCCUGACGUUUCUAGCCUUUCUGACCUACGCGGGGAGCCGUAGAACGGAGUCCUGGCCUUGGUAGUUGCCAACGACGAGCCUCUUUGGUUGUUAAGAAAAUAAUUUAUCAGAAAGAUGGUUUUAAAUGAGAUGAACAAUGAUGGGCACGAUGAAGAGGACAAAUGCUUGGAGCCUGAUGUCAUUGCGAAAGGAAACAUACUUGAAAGUUUUAUAGAGAGUCAAGAAACGAAAGAGUUGAUUAAUCAUCUUAGAUUGGUAUACGAAGACUUGAAACUGCAAGAACAAGUUCUUGAAAAGUUUAAAGUUAUAAUGAAUAAAUACCAGGAGCAGCCUCAUCUUUUGGACCCUCAUUUAGAGUGGAUGUUGAAUUUGUUGCUAAAUAUUAUCCGACAUGAAGCAUCUCCUCCUCUUCUAAUUCAUCUAGCCUUUCAGUUUCUCUACAUUAUUUCAAAGGUACGAGGAUAUAAAACCUUAUUGCGAUUAUUUCCUCAUGAAGUAGCAGAUGUACAGCCUGUUCUAGAUAUGCUUGUAGCUCAGAAUCCAAAAGAAUAUGAGACCUGGGAGACUCGUUACAUGCUCUUGUUGUGGUUAUCUGUAACAUGUUUGAUCCCAUUUGAUUUGGCACGGCUAGAUGGAAAUAUCUCUUCUGUAGAAGGAUGCCCUCGUGUAUCAACAAUGGAUCGAAUUCUGGCAGUAGCAAAAUCAUACCUUGUUGUAAGUGAUAAGUCUCGUGAUGCAGCUGCAGUCCUGGUCUCAAAGUUUAUUACCCGCCCUGAUGUCAGACAAAAAAGAAUGGCAGACUUCCUGGAUUGGACCCUUUCAACAUUAUCUAAAUCCUCUUUUCAGACCAUUGAGGGGACUUUUGUAAUGGAUGGCAUGCUUCAAGCCCUGGCACAACUUUUCAAACAUGGCAAAAGGGAAGAUUGUUUGCCAUAUGCUUCUACUGUUCUUGAAUGUCUUGAUAACUGCAAGCUCUUUGAAAGUAACCAAACGAUUCUUCGCAAGUUGGGAGUGAAACUUGUUCAACGACUUGGUCUGACAUUUCUUAAGCCAAAGGUGGCAAAGUGGAGAUAUCAACGGGGAUUCCGAUCUUUAGCUGCAAAUCUACAAUUUUCUAGUGGAGGUCUCAUUCCGCAGAAGAUAGAAAAUGUAACAGUUAACACAGGAGAGGAGGAGGAAGAGGAGGAAUAUGACAUUCCAGGAGAGGUUGAAAAUGUUAUAGAACAAUUGUUGAUUGGAUUAAAAGACAAAGAUACUAUUGUGAGAUGGUCUGCAGCAAAAGGGAUUGGCAGGUUGACUGGAAGGCUGCCAAAAGAGUUAGCUGAUGAUGUUGUUGGGUCUGUAUUAGACUGCUUCAGUUUUCAGGAAACUGAUAAUACGUGGCAUGGUGGAUGUUUGGCACUGGCUGAAUUAGGAAGAAGAGGCUUGUUACUACCUUCCCGGCUAUCAGAUGUCGUUCCUGUGAUUUUGGAAGGACUAACUUACGAUGAAAAACGGGGACCUUGCAGUGUUGGCUCCAAUGUACGGGAUUCUGCUUGCUAUGUAUGUUGGGCUUUUGCUCGUGCCUAUGAUCCUCUAGAACUGAAGCCUUUUGUUAACCAGAUUGCAAGUGCCCUGAUUAUAGCUGCUAUAUUUGACCGUGAUGUUAACUGCAGAAGAGCAGCCUCGGCUGCCUUCCAGGAGAAUGUUGGUAGACAGGGAACUUUUCCACAUGGAAUUGACAUUGUGACUACAGCUGAUUAUUUUGCUGUUGGUAACAGAGCUAAUUGUUUUCUCAAUAUAAGUGUAUAUGUUGCUAGGUUUCCUGAGUAUACACAGCCAAUGAUCGAUCAUCUGAUUAGCAUGAAGAUCAACCACUGGGAUAGUGUUAUUCGGGAGCUUUCAGCCAAAGCUCUGCAUAAUCUCACUCCAUGGGCUCCUGAAUAUAUAACCAGGGAAGUUUUACCAAAGCUGCUGCCUUUAGCAGUUGGUAUAGAUCUCCAUACUCGUCAUGGAGCAAUUCUAGCAUGUGCUGAGAUCACCCAUGCAUUGAGUCUUCUAGCAGAAGAAAAGAAGAGACAUAUUUCAUUUUAUUUGGAUGAAAAAACUUUGGAAGGACUUAAGCAGAUUCAUCUGGAGCUUCGUCAUCGUCAGUUGUAUAGAGGUUUAGGUGGAGAACUAAUGAGGCCAGCUGUCUGCACUUUGAUUGAAAAGUUGUCACUUUCAAAAAUGCCUUUUAGAAAAGAUCCCAUAAUUGGUGAUUGGCAGUGGCUGAUAAAUGAUAGUUUACAAAGCCUUCAUCUUAUUUCAAGCAAUUCAAGACAGCAAAUAAAAGAAUCAGCAGUGUCUGCGUUAGCUGCUUUAUGUAAUGAAUAUUACUGCAAUGAAGAGGGAGGAGCAAAUCCAGCUGAGCAAGAUUUGCUGGUGCAAUACAUUUCAGGCCUUCAAAGACAUGAGGAAAUGAUUCGCUGUGGUUUUUCACUAGCCUUGGGUGCCCUUCCAAAGUUCCUUCUAAAAGGCAAACUCCAGGAGGUUUUAGACGCUUUGAAAAAAGCCACUUCGAUUUCUGGAGGUGUGAGUUUUGCUGAAUCCAGAAGAGAUGGCCUGAAAGCGGUUGCACAAGUUUGCUUGACAGUAGGGGUGAAUGGAGAAGGAUCACCAAAUGAAUUUGUGUGUAAAAGUAACGUUACAGAGAUAUACAACAUAUUGUUGGAUGGUGUGAAUGAUUACACAACAGACAGCCGAGGCGAUGUUGGAGCAUGGGUGAGGGAAGCUGCUAUGAAGAGUUUGAUGGAAAUAACCCUGUUGUUAACCAGGACUGAGCCAGCCUUAAUUGAUGCAAACGUUUCCAAACGGAUUAUGUGCUCUGUGGCUCAACAGUCAGCUGAAAAAAUUGACCGAUUUCGAGCUCAUGCAGGAUCUGUGUUCCUCGCCCUUCUUAACUUUGAUAACCCUCCAGUCCCACACAUACCCCAUCGGGAAGACUUGGAGAGGAUAUUUCCAAGGGCAGAAGCUGUAACUUUCAAUUGGAGUGCUCCAUCCCAGGCCUUCCCCAGAAUCACACAGCUUUUGGGAUUAGCGUCCUAUCGCUACCACAUUCUGACAGGCCUCACUGUAUCAGUUGGAGGUUUAACUGAAUCAACAGUGCGAUGCUCAUCCCAAAGCCUGUUCAAUUAUCUCAAGAGUAUUCAGAAUGACGGAGAUGCAAUGAACAGUUUUUGUGAGACUUUGCUGAAAGUGUUUGAGGACAAUCUGCUGAAUGACAGGGUAUUUGUUCCACUGCUAAAGAUGCUGGAUCAGAUAUUGGCCAAUGGAUGCUUUGAUGUAUUUACAACUGAAGAAAACCACCCAUUUCCUGUGAAGUUGUUCAAUCUUUGUAAAGAAAGAAGCAAGAAAUCUAAAGAUAUCCAGAAACUCCGUUCCAGCAUUGCUGUGUUUUGUGGCUUGGUUCAAUUUCCAGGUGACCUGAGAAAAAAAGUUCUGUGUCAGCUCUUCCUCUUUCUUUGCCAUCCAUUUCCUGUUAUAAGAAAAACAACUGCUAGUCAGGUUUAUGAGAUGCUGAUAACCUACAGUGAUAUUGCUGACCCUGACGUUUUAGAAAAUGCCAUGACAAUUCUGAGUGACACUAAUUGGGAUGCAGACUUGCCAUUUCUGAGGAAGCAGCGGAAUGACCUCUGUGACUUAAUGGAUGUGCCCAAGCCCCAAUUGAUAGUGAAGAGGUCAUAAUUGGAAAUCAAUUAAUAUUGAAAAUUACAGUGCUUUGAAUCUGUGGACACAAAGGAGCAGAGAGUUUUUCAACAACUUGGGCAACAGUAUUUACUGAUCAAGCUAAAAAAAAGGCUAAAAAUUGAGAAACUAAUUUGAAAGUUGUACUUUUUUUUUUAACUCGUAUACUAUCCUUUAGUUUUAAAAGAUAAUAUAUAUGUUGGUGAUUGUGUUUCUGAAAAUUAAAUUGGUUUGAAAAGUUCAAAUAACUGCAAUUUCUUGAACGUUCUCUGUUUUUGACUUUAUUAAAUUACAGCAUUCCAAAUUUCAUUAUAACCAAAGUUACCUUGUCAAAUAAGUUACAUAUUAUAUAAAUAUCCACAAUCUACUAUUUCAAAAGCUAUCUGCAUAAGAGUAGAAGCUUCAUUCUUUAAAAAAGGCAUUUGAGAAUAAAUUAUCCAGUUGACAUAUCAAUCAAAUGAUACAAUGAAGUCUGUGGGCAUUCUUGCCAUUUGAGAAGAGCAUAAAAUGGGUAGGAUUUCAUCCACGAUACAUUGUUUAAUUCCAGCUGAAAAUUUGUCACCUUUCUAAACAGAAGUAUAAUUAAUUAUUCAAACUUGAUACAAUAUCCUGAGUUUUUGGAUGUUGACAAUGUUUUUUAAUAUGUAUUGAAAUAGUUAUGAUGCUAAAAAGAAAUAUACAAGGAAAUACUAGCUGAAAUAAUGCAAGCAACAUUGGUUGGUAAAAUUAAAAUUGGAUUUAAAAGGGCCAACAGUUUUGUUUCUCCUGUACGCUGCUUGGAGUGUCCAAGCAUGGGUUGACACAGUCUAUCUGCCCUAGGACUGAGUAGAUUUUUCUUUGACCACGCCUCCCUUUGCCUCAUUGCGGUCAGUUUAAAAACUCAGUCCGCCCGUAAGGACUAUAUCUGGGGAGCUCUUCAGUUCUAUUAGGAUAGACUGGGACUCUCCAAUCAGUUCACAGUAGAAAUUAUUUGUUAUUUUUGUCUAAUGUCUUGCAAUAGUUAGGUUAGCAUAGCAUAGGAGAAAAGUACCUUUAAAUCUUGCUGAGAGGCUGUCGGGCUGCCGGUCGCACGCAGCAGUGAAGAGUGAUGGAGGUGCUUGUCCAACGGCUGCUGGCGAGCACGGGGGAGGCAGAAUGCUUCCUGACCCUCCCCAGCGGUCUAUUGACGAUCCGGAGCUCCAGAGGCUCGAAUUGAGGCUUUUACAGCCAGCAACAGCUCUCUCCUUUCCCUGACAAGUGCGGCAGCCAUUUUGGAAGCGACCUUUUCACACGCUUUUCUCUGGCCAUUAACUGAAACUCCGGCUGGCUUCUAAAGAUGGCUGUGAACAGCGACAGCCAUUUUACGAGCUGAGAGUGUUCGUAUCAUCGCCUGGAAGCCCAGGGAAGCCUGAAACAGCUGCGAAAAAGCCCUCAGCUGCAGAUAGCUGCCAGGGAGAGUCUAGUUUUGUCCAGGGCGCCGGCACACUUCCACCAAUAGGAAGGGAGGCAUUGGAGUCUCCUUGGCGACUGGCCAUACUCCUGACCUCUGGUUGAUCUGCGUUCUCUGGACGCUGUGGGAGAGUCCAACCCUGUCCAGGGGUUAACAGGCAUCCAGACUCUUUACCUUGAACGUGACUAUCACAGGCAUCCUGUAACGGAUGAGACCUUCAUUUUUAAACUGACCUCAAUGAGACAAAGGGAGGUGUGGUCAAAGAAAAAUCUACUCAGUCCUAGGGCAGAUAUACUGUGUUAACCCUUGCUUGGACUCUCCUGCAGCGCCUAGAGAACGACCGUUCAGGUAAGCCAACGGUCAUUUUGUUUUGUCUUAUGAGUGGAAAAUCAGAUACAAAUAGUAGGAACAUACAGCUUGUUGGAUUUGAUUCUCAAAAUGUACUUUACACAAUGAAUUGUAAAAACUCUGCAUAACUUUUUAAGCAAUUCUGUCCUUAGAAUCACUUUGCAAUUGAAUAGGACAGCAAUCCCAGGAAAGAGUUGGCUACUUUAAAGGUUAAUGAUAAAAUAUUUAUGCUUUCACAUAUUUACGCACCAUCUUUUUAAAAUUAUUUUCCAAAUAGUGCAUAGCCCUAGUAAAAAGAGUAUUCUGUUAAAGUUGUUGACGUAUUUUUCCCUUUUCAUAUGUCUCUGUACAAAUGAAGAAAUAUUGUAAAGACACAAAAUAAAUUUGUGUAAAAAUCAA